UAUUAGGACGUACAUAUGAUCAAUGUCAACGUCUUUCUCCUCAUUAAACAUGCGGAAUUCUCUUUUUUUCUCCUCGAUAAAUACAUGAUUUCAUGAUGAUGUCAAUAUAACGAGACAUUCAUAAUUCUUUUUCAAUUUAAUUUAAUUUAUUAAUUAAAAAAAUAUAUUUUUUGUCCCCUAGUUUCUUUGAUCCCAAUAGAUCUACCUCUCAAAAAAAAAUUGUUGACUUAAGAAUGUGAUUUGAUUCCGAUCCUUCCGUGAUGCUAGAAAAUCAUUUCGAUAUACAAUUUUAUCUGAUUUCUAUUUUAUUUAUCAUCCCUAAUCCGGAAGUAACCUUUUCCUUUUCUUGGGCAAUAACUUCCAACAAGAUUGAUCCAUUCUGGAUCUUGGUCUAUCAUUGCCGUUUUUAUUGGUUUUCAUUAAAUAAAGGGCAAAACAGAGAGGACCACCAUAACCCUCUCUGUGGAGUCUGGAGUCUCUGGGCUCUCGAAGAAGCUCUCAAUUCAAAGGAGAAGGUCUGAAAGAGCAGAGAGGCCAGAAGGGGACAGAAGAAGAAGCCACAACGUGUCUGGCUUCUUCACUCCAACGCCUUCCACUUGGAAACCCUUCUCAGGGCAUCUUCUGUGUAUAUAUUUGUGUGAGUUAAUUAACCCAGAAUUCACACACAUUAGUAAUGGAUGAAGAGAUUUCAAAACCCAGAGGUUUACCAGAGGAGAAUGGCCGGGAAAAUGAUGCCGGAGUUCAGUUUGUUCUUGAAUCGAAAGGGAAGUGGCGGCACGCAGGGUAUCAUCUGACGACGGCGAUAGUAGGUCCGACGAUAUUGGCGUUGCCGUACACAUUUAGUGGGAUGGGAUGGGCGGUGGGAUUCCUCUGUUUAACGGUUAUAGGACUCGUCACCUUUUAUGCCUAUUAUCUAAUGUCAAAGGUCCUCGAUCACUGCGAGAAACAAGGUCCCCGUCAUUUUCGCUUCCGGGAACUCGCCGCCGACGUCUUCGGUUCCGGGUGGAUGUUUUAUUUUGUAAUCAUCGUCCAAACAGCUGUCAACACCGGAGUUGCCAUUGGUACUAUAUUGCUUUCCGGAGAAUGUAUUGAGUGUUUUGCAGAGAUGCUCUAUUUUUUCCUCUCUGGCCUCCCACGGGCCAUACUGAAGGAGAUCGAUGUAGAUGAUCCAACUGAAAUAGGUGAAGAAAGAGUGAAAAAAGCCUUCAAGUUCUUUUGUAAACUUGAGCAAUUAGAUAAGACAAUCGAAUGGUCAUGGCCAGCUGAGAAAUUUGAACCUGAAAGUCAAGCAAAUGAUGUUGUCCACUCUAAUUCUUCUCUUGUAGUUGCGGCUCCUGAUUGUAUUUAUUCAGAAGUUGAGGCACCUAACGUAUCAAACGCCAUUGUCGUUGAUAGAAAGGUUGGCAAUAGUGAUGUUUCUCUUGCUGUUGUUGCUGCUACUUGUGCUGCAGAGGAAGAUGAAGAAGACGACGAUGAUGAUGAUGAUGAAAUUAAAGAAAUUGGGUCUGACGAGAUUGUUUGAAUGACAAUGUAUGUAAGUGCUUCAAUCUUUUACAUUUUCAAUUUCUGGUUUAUUAUUAUUAGCAUAGGUAGGUUUGCCAUUUCUGAAUGUUACCACCAUUGUUUUUAUUCAUUAUUAUUUUUUUUUAAAUCUAGGUUUUUAACAUAUUUGAUUGCUUAUUGGAAUUAACUUUUCUAUCACUUCUUACUUGUAAUGAAUUUUCUGCUUUCCAUUGUUCUUCUCAAUUCUUUAUUAUACUUGUAAAAAAA